AUGGCUCCACCGAGCAUGGCGGCCAACAACCGCUCCUUCGCGGCGCGCAUCGCCUCCAUCACCUCGCAGUCGACCCAGAUGGAGACAUGGGACGACGGCGACUUCGACGACCGCUCCGACGGCCUCCUGUUCAAGAACUCGACCGUCCAUUCACUCUCUUCGCGCAUGAGCGUCCGCUCCGAGACCGAAUCCAAUGACGACUGGCAGAUCCUGAUCACGCCAGGCGACCAAGCAACCAACACCUCCGCCAUCAAGACCGCCGCGAAGCAGGCCGGCAUCCCCAUCCCCACGAGCGUGCCAUCGUCGGCGCUCCUCGGCGGCUCAAUCAAGAGGCUGGGCAAGAAGAAGUCGACCAAGAAGAUCGAGGUCGACGACGACUGGGGCAACGACCUCGAGCUGCCCACCAAUGCGAAGGAAGGACUGAAGCUGAAGGCGCCCAAGCCACGCACGCCGGCGGAAGAGGACGAUGACUUCGACUGGGGCGAGGGCUCGCUCGGCAUCCGCUUCGCAGGCACGCGACAGGGCACCCGCGGCGCACGCAGCUCGUCCGUGUCCGCCAUGAGCCCCAGCCUGGGCAGCAUCAUGACCAUGGAGAGCGAAGACGACGACCUGGGCGGCCUCGUGCUGCCGACCGAGCCCAUGGACUUCAGCGCGCGUCUGGACAAGCUCAAGAAGGCCGAGCAACCACCAGCACCACCAGCCGCAGAGCCAUCGCUCCUUCCACCGCUGCCAUUGCGCGAGCAGUCCCUCACGCCGACGCAACCCACACAAACCACGUCGAUCCCUACCCAGAGGCCGUUCCAAUCGCCGCCCCAAUCGCCCAUCGCUGCACCACUAUCUCCUUCCCCUUUCAGCAGCCCCACGCCUAUGAGCCCCAAGGCACUGGCACCAUCGCCCAAAGCCAAGCCCGUGGUCCAAGAGGAGGACUUCGAGGAUGGCUUCGACUUCGGCAAUGGCGAGAUCCUGGACCGCCAGAAGCUGACGCUCAACAAGAACAUUGUCGUCAAGAAGCCCGCGACCAAGACCACCGCCCCACACGCUGCUCGUCCCGCUACUACCAUCACCUUCACCGACAGACCCACUACCUCGCGGAUACCCAGGCCCCUGCCAUCCAUCGCGAGUCGGACCAGGCUAACCCCUGUGUACGAAAGCGGCGCGUCCACUUCCAACUCGACUCGGACCAUGCCUACUACUACCAGCGCACAGCUGCUCCGCGCGAAGCGCUCUGCUCCCGUCCUCCGCAACAACAACACCAGUCAGCCACCACGCAUGCCAUUCCUCCCUGCUGGCGGGGCCUCUUCCCAAUCGCACCACGUCAUGUCCAAGAGCACUUCGCAAGCCCACCUUCGCCGCGACUCUGACCCUCGCCGACCGCAGUCUCCCUCGAUGCGCUCCUACUCGCGCCUGUCUGGUGGUGGCCACAACGAGACGCCUAGUCGUGCUGGGGUGAGACGUGAUCAGGCUCCCUCUGCCCUUGCACGUCAUCCACCCCCAAAGAAGCUGACACAGCCUCAGCGCAAGCGAAACUUUGGCGACGGCCAUGAGCUCGACCUGUUCGAUGACUUGCCCACUUCAGCUUCCAAAGAGAAGCAAUUCGAAAAGGUGCCGCGCAAUGUCGCCAGCAACAAGUCGCUGCGCCACCAGCCGAGCAACUCACGUCUGCCGAUGCCUGAUCGCAUGGCGACGCCUCUGCCCCAGACUCCGCGUAGUCCUCCCAAGAUGGACCACACUCCUCGCUUUGCUCGCGACACCGCAGCAAGUAGGAACGCACGUGAGCAGCGCUUGGCAGUGGCCGCUCGUAGCCCUCAUACCAGUCCAUCUGCUCACAGGAAGAAAGGCUCAGGACAGAAGCCGCAGUUGAUCAGGCAGAUGACGCAGCCCUACACACAAAACGAGAAAGGUAUGAUUUACAACCCAACUUUGCAACGUUGGGAAGGAAACGAGGAAGCCCUUGUUUCGUUCUCACACCCUAAUACUUCCACUACGACCCUCGCCCUGACCACGGCGAGCACGCCUACCUUUGCCCCGCCCGGAAACCAGAUGAGUCGCAGCCAUGAUCGUUCACAAUCGAUCUCGCACAUUGCCCUUUCGUCCAUUCAUGCCGGCCAAGAAAAGAGGAGCUUCUCGUCGCGAGCGGCCAAGUUGGCCCAGCCCCCAGCGCCCGCCCCAGUACCGUCUCCACCACGCCCUGCUUUGAUCUCCCAAAUCUCUGUACCACGCCAAGUCCAGUACGAAGGCCGAAUGGUGUUCGAUCCUGUCAAGAUGACCUGGCUCAAGGCGCCUCGACCAUCAAACGACAUUGGAUCGCCUUCAGAAGUAGACGAAGACGAAGACCCAUUUGCUGGCCUCGACGACCUCAAAGACAACGAGAGUGUCGCCGGUGGCAAUGGCAUGGGCGGUACCGGCACACCGAACCCCGAUGAUCCAACCUUUGUGGGCGAGGAGUUCGAUGUCGGCCCUGGCUUUAUCCGGCGACAGAAAGACGAAGAAGCCAUCUGGCGACGACGCGUCGAAGGCUGGGUCGGCGGCCUUCGCGAUAACGGCGAACACCGAGGCGGCUGGCGAUGGGCGAUCCGCGACUUCGCCGCCAGUGCCUCUGCUGGCCACCCAACCUUUUAA